AUGCCUCCUGUGAAGACCUCCAAAGGCCGAACCGGCGAGCUACCGUUCGGACUGACUUCGGCAGAAGUCCGCAUGAUGCUGCUGGCUUUUACAUGUCUAGACUCGGAGAUCAAGGUGCGUAUCAAGACCUUAAGUAUUGUAACUCGCGAGCUCUUUUAUGCAAAGGUACUGACACACUUUUCCCGGUUCGUCUGCGUGAAGGUUGAUUACAAAAAGCUCGCAGCCAAAAUGAACAUCCAGGUCAACUCAGCCACUACUCGGUACAACAAAAUACGUAAGAAAUUGCUGCAAUCUGAUGAGAUGCCGCGAGACAAGGGUGAUCAUGGGGGAAGUGUUGGGUCGUCAGUAUCUCCUUCGUCGCCCUCGACUUCUACUCUUCCUCGUCACUGUGGUGGCCGUCCUCACAAAGACCAGGCUUUGAAGCCAAAACUUCAAGUCAAUACUUUGGCUAAUGAAGAUGAUCAAGAUAAUGAGGAGAUGAGUGUGGCGAUGAAGGCGAUCUUUGAGGAGCUGGAACCUAUUGAAUGCGAGGCGAGGACCUAG